AUGACAAGUUUUUUUUUUUCGAUGAAUUUUCUUAGUUUAUAGUCUUUGGUUCACGCCUGAAAUAUUUAGAUUUGUUCUGUAAAGAAAUUUAAUAUACUUUUUUCCCUUCAAAACUGCGCUAGUUUCGGCCAUUAUCUUACCGGAGCCUGGUAAUGAAUAUUUGUAAGUUAAUUUAUGCGUGAUGUCAUAUGGUGUACCUAUCCUAAGAAUACUAAAACGAAUCGAACAUGUCCAGAGAAAACCUCCAGAGUUUUAGUGAUUCAGACGAAUCCUGUAAUGAAUCCGACCACUCAGAAUCUUCAAGCUCAUCAUCUCGUGCAGAAUUAGGCAAUUCCGAAGAAGAAAAUAUGGUAGAGGAGCCAUAUCAAGACGAACCGCUAGCCAGCGAUAGCGAUCAAGAUCUAGAAGACGGAGACGAAGAAACAGACGUCGAUGGCCUUCGACCAUCUACUUUAGAGGCUCGAUUUGAAGGCCAGAUUAACGUUAACGAAUGGUGCAAAUGUCAACACUGUCAUGGCGAAGCUUUGGAGGACGCAAUGGAGUUUCGUUGCUGUCAUGAAGUAAUAAAUGCCAUCGGUAAAUUAGUGUUUGAUGGUUCUAUAGAGAAUAUAAAGUGUAUAACACAACACGAAGAUUUCUCAGCCUUGAUCAACCCGACAGUACUGAUGCAAGUGGGGCCAUUAUUACGCUAUCGCCGACAAACCGGUUCUACGCAAAACGAAUUUCUUAGAUCAGUUGCGUAUCGAUGGUUGAUUAGAUGGCUUUGUGGCUUCAUGGGUUGGGAUAACCGAAGACCAUUAUGUGCCUGCGUAUAUAGUGCUGUUAGGAACAAGUAUCCUUCAAGCCACAAAAGAGGUUACAAGCCUGUUGAAGAUGAACAACCAGGACACUAAAGUGAAAUUUUAUCUAAUCCUCUAUCCUUAAAUUAUUUUAUGUAAUAAUGUCUCCUUUGUUCCAAUGCUACAGACAAAUAUACUUCCUCCAUAUUAAGUA